AUGUGUAAGGUGCUUCUAAUAUUUCUGCUCUUCAGUUGGUCGCAGCCAGCGCUUGUCCGAGGUGCUCACAACAUGACCUUGGUGAGGUAUGUUCUAAGCAUCAUCGCUAGCCGGGAACCCUGGACUAAUACACCGAUCUUCCUGGGACACAACACGAACGGAGACGAUAUCCGUGGGCUGAUUAACUGGCUUCAUCGAACCAUGGAAGUCACCAGUCACACGGUGGAUUUGUCUACGCCUGCUCUAAAACAGAAGCCCCUUGGUCAGUAUAACAUUAACGCAGAUAAUGCCAUUAGUUUGCUGUUCUGCCACAGCAGCCAGGAUCUGAUCUGGAAAGCAGUGAAUAAAAGUCUGCAAAAGAUGCGUCGAGGUCGAUUGAUUGUUGCCUUACGCUCAAAAAGAAGUGGCUCGUACAAAGCGAUGCACUCCAUAUUCCAGAAGCUCUGGCACCACCAGUUUCUCAACGUUCUGGUGCUGCAUAAGGAUAGUAUCUAUUCCUAUACUCCAUAUCCGGCUGUGCGCUUCUAUCGCUUGAAUAUCACUUCGAUUCCGCUCUUUCCACCAACUACGAGGAACUUCCAAGGCUAUGUUGUUUCCACUCCAGUGGAGAAUGAUAUUCCGCGAGUGUUUAUUGUGCAGGAUCCCCACUCAGGACGGAGACAGAUACGAGGCUACGCCUAUCGCAUCUUUGUCGAGUACUUGGAUCGCCACAAUGCCACUCUGCAGAUUACCAAUCCUCACGAGAAUCAUGGCCCCACAAGUAGUGUCAAUAUGAGCCGAAUAGUUCAGCUCAUAAUGGAGAACAAAUUGGAGAUCUCCUUGCAUCCGUACAUCCACCGAGAUUUUGGGGACAGAAGCUAUCCAUUGAUAGUCACGCAAAACUGUCUGAUUGUGCCCGUGAGGAACGAGAUUCCGCGUCACAUGUACCUACUGCUGCCCCUCAACCGAUGGAGUUGGCUGCUACUGCUUGGCGGAGUGUUCUACAUUAGCGUUGUGGUUUACUGGACUCGUCCCGAUAUGGGCAGGAGGACCUGGCAACAUCGUCUUGGGUUAAGCUUUCUGGAUGCCAUCAGCCGGCUACUGUACAUCUCUCCACCUCUAAGGAUAGACCAUCCUUCUCUGCGAUACUUGAUAGUUUUCCUACAGCUGACCAUUUUGGGAUUUAUAUUGACCAACUGGUACAACAUUCAGCUGGAUAGCUUCCUCACCGCAUUGGUUGUGGGUGAGCAAGUGGACUCAUGGGAUCAGCUUGUUGAACAACAGCAGAGAGUUUUAGUCAAGGAGUACGAGGUCGAGACAGUUCUGCGUCAUGUACAGCCGCGUCUGGCCAGUAGGGUCGCCCGCCUGAUAGUGGGCGUGAAUGCCAGUGAACAGGUCUCGGCGCUGCUUAGCUUCAACCGCAGCUACGCGUAUCCAUUCACCUCGGAGCGCUGGGAUUUUAUCGCCAUGCAACAGCAGUAUGCCUUGAAGCCGAUCUUUCGAUUCUCCUCGGCUUGUCUGGGAUCGCCCAUUAUAGGUUUUCCGAUGCGCAGUGACUGCCAUCUGGAGUCAUCUCUGAGCAUAUUCAUUAUGCGAAUUCAGGCCACGGGGCUACUGCAUCACUGGCUUGUCUCCGACUUCAACGAUGCGAUGCGGGCUGGCUAUGUGCGCCUGCUGGACAAUGUCCUCGCAUUUAAAGCCCUGACUGUCGACACUUUGCGUCUUGGUUGGUAUGUCCUAGGCUUUGGCUGGCUAAUUUCUGUCUUGGCUUUCACUUGCGAACACUUGCGGUUGUACCGAGCCCAUACAGCCAUACGUUGA